AUGUUCCGACAGACUGUGAUGAUGAUUCCUAUCUGGUGCCUGGGGAACGAGAGCCGCUACCACGUAAACCACACGGUGGACGGAUCCACGCUCUCGGUGCUGGUCCCGGGGCUGGCCCCUGGGAUCCGCUACAGUCUGGAGGUGGCGGCCAGCACAGGGGCGGGGCCCGGGGUCCACAGCGAGCCCACCUACUUCACACUCGAGGCGAGUGUCAAUCAGAGGCAGAAGUCUCACGCCACCUUCUCGGUCUCAUUAAAUCCCGCUGCCGCUGUGUCCUCGGGCAACGCGCUCUGUCUCAGUGGGAGGCGAACGACGCAGCUCUACAGAAUGAGCCGACUGUUCGUGCUGAGUGCUGCCAAAUGCCGCGUUGUGGUUGGCGAUCUGCGAGCGUGCUGGUUUGACUGCUGUGCUGGUAUUCUCAGCCGACUGUUCGUGCUGAGUGCUGCCAAAUGCCGCGUUGUGGUUGGCGAUCUGCGAGCGUGCUGGUUUGACUGCUGUGCUGGUAUUCUCAGCCGACUGUUCGUGCUGAGUGCUGCCAAAUGCCGCGUUGUGGUUGGCGAUCUGCGAGCGUGCUGGUUUGACUGCUGUGCUGUUAUUCUCAGUGCUGGUAUUCUCAAUGCUGGCUCCAUGCUGAAUGGUUGGGGGUCGGCCUCUGAGGAGGAGGGGCCCCUGUCCAGGUCCAGUCUGGGCAGUUCCUCAGAGGGCUCCAUCUUCACACACUGCUCCUUCGCUCAGGCCCUGGUGGUGGCAGCAGACCGGGCCGGAUUCAGGCUGGAGGGCACCAGUCUGAGCAAGAGAGGUAAAGCCUUGUCCCAUCGGCCGCGCCCCAGCAGCCCCUUCUCCACAGACGGCAGCACAGGGGGGUCCCACAGUCUCGGGCCCCCACGGAACCCCAGAACCCCACGCAAGGGCCGCACUCCCGGGACCACCCCGCACCGGAGGGACCCUGCUGCAGACGACCUACCUCCUCCUCCAGAGCCCCCUCCAUGCCAGGGCCAGGGCCGGAUCCAGGGGCCCCGCAGUGUGGUGGCCCCGAGCGACAGGAAGGCGACUUCCCUGGAGCGGCCCCCCAUGUCUGGGCCCCUAGAGCACCAUCGACAGGUCCAGGAGAGGCUGGGCUCCAUGGACCGCUGUGAAGACCCCCGCAGAGCUCACAAAACAGAGGAGCCGUGCGUUCCCUACAGUAAGCCCAGCUUCCCGUCCCCCGGGGGCCACAGCUCGUCCGGGACCAGCUCCUCCAAAGGCUCCACGGGGCCCCGCAAGAGCGAGGGCCCCCGGCAGCCGCAGCAGUGGACGGCCCUGGAGCACGCAGACUUCCUGGGGGCCAGUGCACAGGGACACUUCUCAGGAGAAGUGACUCCGUGGCUCUGCAGGUGGCGCCCCCUGCUGGUGGUGGACAGCUCUGUGUGCGUGGGGUCCACUGUAAAUGCCCUCCACCUCCUGCUGUUUGCCCCACGGCACAGAGACCUUUGA